AGCUUUUUUCCCUGUUGUCUCAUCCUCUUCAGGACUGCGCUGCGCUAUUGUGGACAAGAGUGCCUCCUGUUUCUUGGUUUUUGGGAAACGAUGGAGAGAGGUGAAAGUCACCUGGAUAGCAGUCAAGAGAAAUAUGAAAGCCUGGCUUUGGACACUGCCUUGAGCACCGUGGUGGUGGUACUGGUGUAUGUGGUCGUAAAGGUUAGUCUUGAUGGGAUUCGACAGUGGAGAGCUAGAAUAUCCAUUCUAGUGGUGGGUGCUGGACCGGUUGGGUUGACCGCUGCACUGGUUGCUGUCCGGUCAGGGAAAGUGCUGAAUCUAACAGUCUUGGAUGAGCGGUCAAGAGCUGCCCUACUAUGCAGACCGCAACAAAUUGCCUUGAGCCCUCGAAGUGUCAAGUUUCUCCUCGUCCUUGGCGUGGACUUUGAUAACAUUGAAGGAUGUUGGCGCAAUGACCACUUUUUCACGAAGAUAGGUGUUUUUCAGGAACAUCUUCUAAGUAUCCUGAAACAAAGGAAGCAAACACUCGAUAUCCGAAUUCUUCUGGGGACCAAAUUUACAGAUGAUUACAUGAGGAAGAUACCACAAGGUGAAUGGCCAAAGAUAAUUAUGGUUGCUGAUGGAUCAUGUGGGGAGUCAAGUUCCCUUCUGGGGGUCAGUUCGGAGUACAUUGUUGAAUCCUGCAAUGCUUAUGGGGCAAAUGCCGUCUUGGAAAGACCAGACCAAAGGCAGGUGCCGACACCAGAAAUCAGGGCUCACAAUCUGUACUUUGAUCUUUCUGCUUAUGGCAUUGAUGUCACAAGUGCUGGAAAAGAUCUCAAUCACCCAUCAUGUCUAAAGCCUGGAUUCCACGUAAAGAUCUAUGGAACGUUCCGUAACCGAUACAUGGCCUUGGCAUGCCCAGUGUCAGAUGCUAAAGUUGUUCGAUUUUUACGCCAUACGCCUAAUUCCUCUGUAAUGAAAAAUAUUUUCCAUCAAUCAUUCAAUGCCUACAAGACAGACAUUGAGCCCAGGAUGAGCGAUUUAGCUGUUCAACAUCUGCAAUGCAGUCGGAGACUCUUUGAGAUCAUGCUGUCACACAGAAGGGUGACGUCUGCAUUCAUAGAAGGGGACAACAUCGCAGUGACUCUAGAAGGAGAGGCCGCUAGAGUACUGAACUUUGAUACAGGUUGUGGAGUAAACCUGGGCUUGCUCGGUUUGGAAUCUUCCGAAGAAUUAAUCUAUAAGGUGGCAUCCGCUGUGGACCAGCAUGAUAUCUUUGAAGCAAUUUCUGCCAAAAUAAAGCACUCAAGACAAAUUGUAGAAGAUUUCAGACUUCAUGGACUUUCAGCCACCAUGUUUGAAUGAAGGCAUGCAGAGACUGAAACUGUUAAAAGGACAUCAUACGCAUAAAAUACAAAGGCAUUGCUGGAGUCAAAGGAUUUCACAGUGAAUAACAGGAUGCAAAUGCAAUAACUAAGAAAGGGUUGAACUUAAAUUAAACCUACUUAACUGUCUCGAGAUCUGCAACACUUUUCCGGUUCUUGCUUGUAUGUAUGUAUAUUUAUUUGGAUUUUGUUUUCCCUAAUUUUCUA